AUGUCGAUAAUUCCGAUCAACGAUCGCCGGAGAUUCUCUUCCGGCGAUAGAGUCUGGGAGCCAUUUGAACUCAUGAACACUUUCUUUGAUUUUUCAUCGCCAUCUCUCCUGUUUUCUCACCAUUUUCCUUCACUAUCCCGAGAAAUCUUCCCGUCCUCUUCUUCAUCCACCGUCGAAACCCAGCUCAACUGGACGGAGACUCCGGCGGCUCACGUUUUCAAGGCGUAUCUUCCCGGAACGACUCAGGACGAAGCGAUUGUGUUCGUGGACGACGAAGGAUUUCUCCAGAUAUGUACCGGCGACAACAAGUUCAUGAGCAGAUUCAAGCUUCCCGAUAACGCUUUGACGGAUCAGGUCGCGGCGUGGAUGGAAGACGGGUUCCUCGUUGUGUUUGUCGCGAAAGAUAGUGGCUCUUCUUUGCCGCCACCGCCGGAGAUCGAGGAGAAUCGCAACGUGAGAGUCGUUGAAAUCACUGGCGAUGAUGAUGAAUGA